UGCCGUGAAAGUCAGCACCACGGAGAAGAGGACGGGCAGAGCGACGCCACUCGGCUCCGGGGCCCAAAGGGGGCUUUUCCGGUCGCUCUAGCGCGCUCCGUCACCUCCCCUGUGAACGUCGCUUCACUCCGGGUUGGAGCGGCCUCUUUCCGGCAACGCAGCGGAAGUCCCGCCCUCGCCCCCCCCGCUACCGUGGCAACGGCGCCCCUAGCAACCGUGCGGGACGAAGUGGCGACCAUGCGGACGGAGCGGCUCGUGCCGCUUGCGCUGCCCCGCGGGCAGAAGCUGCACUGCGAGCUGUGCCUCGGGCCGGCCACGCUGCGCUGCGGCGGCUGCGGAGUCACCUACUACUGCGAUGUGGAGCAUCAGAAUGCUGACUGGGUCAGCGUGCAUGAGAAGAUAUGCCAACUACUCAUUCCACUGCGUACAGCAUUGCCUUUUUACAAUUCAGAGAAAGAAAGAAAGCACGGGCAGGAGCAAAAGAUAUGCAGAGAGAAGUUCUUGGCAGAAGUGACCCGAACUGCAGCCCAGAAUUUUCUGUUUGAAGGCAAGCAUGAGGAUGCCAUUCCAGCAGCGCUGCAUUCUCUGAAAUUCAGUAUCAGUGUAUACGGCUCGAAUUCUGUGGAGCUGGUGCCCGCGUACCUCAUCUUAGCUGAGGCAAGCCUGGGACUUGGGCAUCUCGCACAAGGGGAGGAAUACCUCUCACAAGCGCACUGGAUAGUCCUCAAGAGUUCCUACUGCAGCAGCGCCGUUCAGUCUAACCUGCAUCGUAACCUGGGUCUGCUUCACGCUGCCAAAGGGAACUUUGAGGACGCCUUGUACCACCUGGCGAAUGAUGUAUAUUUUGCCUCGUGUGCCUAUGGGACAAAUGAUGUUGCUGUCUCGGGAGGCCAUUUCCACAUGGCCAACAUUUUUGUCCAUCAGAACGUGUUGGAUGUUGCCAACUCCCUGUACUCUGAGGUUGUUGAGAUCUGGCUCAGGCACCUUGGACACUUGAUCGACAUCCAUUUUCAAGCAUUUAUGAAUCCAGCUGAACUGGAUGUGCUUUCUGACGAAGAGGAGCCCCUGAAAGAGACUCUUGAUGAGAAGCAACGUGCUGAAGCCACCCAGAUGCUGAACGCCAUCUUGGAUUUCCGAGAGCGCUCCCCAAGGCCGCAGCCAGCCAAGUUGGCCAAAGUGCUCCACGCUCUGGCCAUGCUGCAUUACUUGACCCAGGACAUGUCAAAGGCUCAUGAACUUGUGACGAAAGUUCAGCAAAUCACACAGCAGCUGCCCAAAUAUACACCAGAUGAAUCGUUUUAUCACUUGAUUAAACUGAUGAAGUCCAAACCUAUCUAUGCGAAAUAGAGCCACACUCCAGUGCCACUUUUCGAACGGGAUCUGGAUAAUAAUAUGGAGCUGGAAUUUGGUAGCUGUUCCAUUAGCCUAUUCCUUGUUUUAAUUAAAUUUGCACUUCUUAUGUG